AUCGGUGAUCAAAUGAUAGAAGAAAAAGAAUCGGAACGUUUACAAAAUGAUUGGAAAUUUAGUGCAAUGGUUGUUGAUCGAGCAUGUCUUAUCUGUUUUUCAUUAUUUAUCAUAUUAUCAACAUUUUCUAUUAUAUUUAGUGCUCCACAUUUAAUUCUAUAA